AUGAAAGAGAAGAAGCCAUACUUGGUGCUCAAGAAACUGCUGGAUAAAGCGCCACCAGCUAGAGAUUUUAUUGGAGCUCUGAAAGAGGCGAACUCACGGACUGGGUUUCCCGACUUAAUUGCUGAAGUGAAGAAGGCGUCUCCGAGCAGAGGAGUUCUGAGAGAGAAUUUUGAUCCUGUUGAGAUCGCUAAAGCUUAUGAAAAAGGUGGAGCUGCUUGCCUUAGUGUUUUAACCGACGAGAAGUAUUUCCAAGGAAGCUUUGAGAAUUUAGAGCUCAUUAGGAAUUCUGGAGUACAGUGCCCUCUCUUGUGUAAAGAAUUUGUGAUAGAUGCAUGGCAAAUCUACUAUGCUCGGGUAAAAGGAGCAGAUGCAAUUCUUCUGAUUGCCGCGAUCUUGCCUGAUCUCGAUAUCAAGUACAUGACCAAGAUUUGCAAAUUGUUUGGGUUGACAGCAUUGGUUGAGGUUUGUUCAUUGUUUGCACCUUUAGAAACAUUUGAGCUCGACAUAGCCAAUACGAAAAAGCUUCUUCAAGGUGAGCGUGGACAAAAGAUACGUGAGAAAGGAAUUAUGGUUGUUGGAGAGUCUGGACUUUUCACACCUGCAGAUAUUCCUUCUAUUCCCCUUGUAAAUAAUUUUUUUGGAAACUGAAAUCUGUUUCUGAAGAUUUUCUUGUACUUAAUGAUGCAGGAAGGAGACGAAAAUUUAUGUCUAUGAUGGAUGUUGCACAGAAUGAAACUAUCAAUAUUGGACCAGGAAACUUGAAACUGUCAAUUUCCACCACAUCAGGGCAACUUACUCGCAUCUUCAAUUCUAAAACAGGAGUAAAUCUCUCUCUCUUUUUUUUCUCUCCCGCAUUGGUCUUGGUUCUACAGUUAAGCUGAUAUGAAGCAAUGAUCUAAAUUGCAAUGAGAUGCUAAGUCUACAUAUAAGUCAAGAAAAAAUUAGGAAAAAGAGGAAAACUGGAAGGCCUAUUGACAGAUUAUGUGAUAGUUUCUUAACUUGCUUUGUGUUCUUAUCCUGUUUAAAGAAACAAGUAUUGAAGCAGGACCUUGCUAUCAUACUACACUAGCUAAUUUCAAAUGAAAUUAUUACAACCAACAAAUAUACAUGAAUCUUGCUUUCUUUGUUAGAUCUACAUGUUUCUUCAUCACUUGACUCCUGAAGAAUGUUUGCUUUUGCACCCGGUUGUGUUUAUACCAGGUCGAUAUACCUGUGCAACAAAGCUAUCUUUGGUAUGCUUCAAGUCCAGGAGAUGCCACCACUCUAGAGUAUAUAUUUUGAUGCAACUGUCACAGAAUGUAUCGGCCAUUAAUUGAUGAUGUAUACUUGAUAUUUGGUUCAUUUGUAUAAUAAUGUAUGAAUUUUUUGGAUGAUAUAUAAUAUUGUCAUCGUUGAUUUUA